CCCCCGCCUCUCCUCCUCUUCAGCCUCCUAGAGCUAGACGCCAAUAUGGAGCCAGAGGACAUGCCGUGGCCAGGAGAGCUCGAGGAGGAGGAGCAGGAGGAGGAGGAGCAGGAGGAGGAGGAGGAGGCGGAGGAGGCGGAGGAGGCGGAGGAGGCGGAGAACUUGGACGAGUACGAGGUGGUGGUGGUGGAGGAGAUGGAGGAAGAGGAGGGGCGGGAGCCGGACGCGGAUUUUAACUACGAGAGCCAGUGCCGGGAGAGUACGGACGACGAGGAGGAUGAGGAGGCCAAGGCCUGGCUGCAGGCGUACCCCUGCGGGACUUUGCCUCAGCCGUCGCUUCCGAGGCACCGCUACUCGGAGGGCGAGCUGACCAGCCCGGGGAAGGUUGUUCCAUUGACCUGUCAUGUAUGGCAACAGCCAUUAUAUCAAAAUAAUGGUGGAACACAGAUUUCUGAUACUAAUGUGGUCUCUUUGGAAAAAACAGCUCAGUGGGGUUCUGGGGAUGAUCAGAGAACAGAAUCUUGGCAUUAUCUUUCUCAAGAAAUGGACUCUUCCCACACCUUGGAUACAACCCAGACCAGGUUUAAUGUGAGAGAGAAAGGGACUGAAGUGACAGACUUCCCCUCUCUGGAGGAAGGUAUAUUGACCCAAUCAGAAAAUCAAGUAAAGGAGUCGAACAGAGACCUCUUAUGUUCUCCAUUGAUAGUCAUACAAGACAAUUUCGCUUCUCCUGAUUUGCCUUUGCUGACAUGUUUGACAAAAGAUCAAGAGUUUGGGCCUGAUUCCUUGUUUCACCAAAGUGAACUAGAUUUUGCACCUCUGAGGGGAAUUCCUGGUAAGUCUGAAGACACUGAAUGUUUUUCUCGACCGUCGGAAGUUAGUGAAGCUUUAUUCCAGGCAGCCUCAGAAGUAGCUUCAAACUUAAUGAACAGUUGCUUUAGUGUAUCUCAGCACCCACUUAUAGGUAGUACAGCUGUUGAGUCUCAGCACUCUUUAUUAACUCUUGAACAAGGGACUAAAGAAGAGACUGUUUCACCUGAUACUCUUGAGGAUCUGAAAACCCCCAAAGACUCUGAUAGUUGUGAUGCUCUUUAUUCAUAUAUGUCAUGGAAGACACAAGAAGUUAUACAGGAGCCAGAAACCAAUUUAGCUGAUAAAGAUCAAGUUUCUUUUUCAACUGCAUCUGAUACAAGUGAUGAAUACAUAACUCCUAAAGGAAGUGACAGUUUUGAUGCUUUUUGUUCAUAUGUGCAAUAUGGGAAACAGGAAGCUUUACAACAGUUAGAAAAAUAUUUAACCAGUAAGGACCGUCAUUCAUAUUCAGAUUCAUCUGACACAAUUGAUAAAAAUAAAAUUCCUAAGGAAAGUGACAAUUUUAGUGCCCCUUUUUCAGAUAUGCCAUGGAGCAAACAGGGAGCUUCACACCAUCCAGAAAUAUGUCUAAUCAGUAAGGACUGUGUUUCUUUUCCACAUGAAGUUGCUCCUCGUUUUUAUAGUAAAAUGCCACAUUGUUUUUUGCAUUGUUUGUUGGAAAGAAGAGGAAGAGAGGUUCCCUUGACAGCUGAUAGUCAUUAUUUUGAGUGUGUUUAUUUAAGGGUUCCUGCUCAGAAUGAGAUGCAACAAAAGAUGGAUUCUUUGGAGGGUUAUAAAAGAAAUGAAGAAGAUCUGGGGAAAGAAUUAUCUCAAUGUUUUGAACUAAAGGAGAAUAGAAAUACUUUAGUAUUUUCAGAGGUGCAUCCCAGAUCUUCAGAAAUACAAUAUAUUGAGAAUGUUGUAGUUGCUAAUAAUUCUGUAGAAGUGUCAGAAGCACGUAUACUCUCCAGGGGGCAGGAUAUCUCUAAGAUGGAGGUUUUUGGUGGUCCUCUUCAGACUAUUAAAUCCAACUCAGAUGAGACAUCAGAACAGCUGUGUUUUCAAGAAGAAAGAAACCAAAAGCCACCUUCUACUUUUGGUGGGAAAAAUGUUGAUGCUACUGAAAAUGUAGCCUUUGAGGCAGUUAUUGCCUCUAUUGAACCUUCUGAGAAAGAGAGUACAGUAAAUGAAAUCCAAACUGACAUCAAUAAGUUUUUAACAAAUGACAGCCAAGAAAGUGAACCAAAAAAUCCAAAUCUUUCCCUAUUAAAUUAUGAUGAAAACUUUUUCUUUGAUAAACUUAAUCACCCACACUAUCAGUCUAUUCCUGGGGUGUUUGAAUCAGCAGCUUCAAAACCAUUGUUGUAUAAAAAAGAUGAUGGUGAUAGCUCCCUGUACUGGCAUCCUAAUUUAAAAUCACUCCCCAGUGCUCCUCAGGAAAUAUUCAUUAACCCACUUUCUCUUAGUCCAGAGCUUAAGUCGUCAUCUUCUUUAAGUGAAAAAUCUCUCAGACAGGCUGUUGGUCUUGGCAAAACACAGUCAGCUUUAUUUCAGUAUGAUACAGACAAUGAGCCAUUUCUUCCCAUUGGGAAGAUAAAGUCUGUUUCUGCUCUUGACCUUGCAGAGAAGUUAGGAUCUUCAAACAUUAUUUAUCCAAUGCAAGUAUGGACUUCAAAUUCUUUGGUUUUACAAGAUUUAAAGCAGCACACCUUUGAAGAAGUUGCAGAUUCCUCAAACUGUAUUUUGGAGGGCCUGCAGGGGAAGGCUGAAUCUGACAUCUGUACUCUGGAUGAUGAUACUGAAUGCUGUAGCCUAGAUGAAAAUGAUGUUGUAUGCAGGAAAAGAGUUGUUGAACUACAAAGAGAGAUACGUGACCAAGGUGACUUGACUGGUGAGUGCAUUAAGCUAGCAGGUUUAGAAAAUUUGCUUGAUGAUCUAGAGAUUUGUGACAGCUCCCUGCACUGGCAGUCUACUGUACGGCUACCAUCUAAGGAAGAGAGCAGUUUUGAAGAGCCUGUAUGUCCUUCUAAUAUGGACAUUAAUCAAUCUUUUUCAUCUGUAUUGCCUCCAUUUGUUCCUCAUGAGCCAACUAGAGAGUUGGAGUAUCACUCUUCAGAUCUCAGAAUGUUGAGGGUAUCUCCUGACACUGUGCCAGGGACUCUCAAACAUUCAACAGGGGAUACGUCCAAAGGAGACAUAGCUGAAAUUCCUCAAUCCACCUUGAAACCAGGCAUCACUACCACUCCUGAAGUUUCAGACACUGUAUCUCAUUUAUCCUUGUCCCCUGAGGACUUUCCUCAGUUGGCUGGAAGGUCUCCUCAAGUGAAGAAUAUUGGUCAACAUACUGAUACUCUCAACCAACAGACAUUAGCAGACAGUCUUCUAACUGAAGAGGCUCUAAAAGUUUCAGCUCUUCUUGGGCUAGCUGACCAGAAGACUGGGAUAGCAACAGUGCCCUCUAGUUCCUACUCACAAAGAGGGAAGCCAGAUAUUUUCUACCCACAGGGCUUGCCAGACGGUCAUCUAACUGAAGAGGCUCUAAAAGUAGCAGCUGUUCCUGGACUUGGUGACCAGAAGACAAGUAUAUCUACAGUCCCUCCAAGUUCCUACUCACUUGGAGAGAAGCACAGUAUUUUCUACCCACAGGCAUUGCCAGACGGUCAUCAAACUGAAGAGGGUCUGAAUGUUUCAGUUCUUCUUGGACUAGCUGAUCUAAAGACUGGAAAACCAACAGUACCAGCUAGUUCCUACUCAGUUGGAGAGGAGCCUGGUAUUUUCUACCAGCAGGCCUUGCCAGGCAGUCAUCUACCAGAAGAGGCUCUGAAAGUUUCACCUUCUCUUAGACCAGUUGAUGAAAAGACUGGGUUGCCUACUGCAUCCUCUACGUCUUAUUCACAUGGAGAGAAGCCUCGUAUUUUCUAUCAACAGACAUUGCCAGAAAGUCAUCUAACUGAACAGGCUCUGAAAGUUUCAGCUGCUUCUGGACCCCCUGAACAGAAGACUGGGAUUCCUAUAGUAACUUCUUCUUCUUACUCACAUAGAGAGAAGCCCAGUAUUUUCUACCAACAGGAUUUGCCAGAUAGUCAUCUAACUAAAAAGGCUCAGAAGGUUCCAGCUCUUCCAGAACUAGCUCACCAGAAGAGUGGGAAACCAAUAGCACCCCCUGCUUUCUACUCACACAGAGGGAAGACCAGUGUUAUCUAUCAGCAGGAGUUGCCAGACAGUCAUCUAAGUGAUCAGACUCAGAACAUUUUAGCUAUUCCUGGACCAGUUGACCAGAACACUGGGAUACAGACAGUACCCUCUAGUUCCUACUCGCAGAGGGAGAAGCCCAUUUUUUCUUACUGGCAGGAGUUGCCAGACAGUCUUCUAACUGAAGAGGCUAUAAAAGCUUCAGCUUUUCCUAGAACAGCUGACCAGAAGAACACUGGGAUACCAACAGGGUCGUCUAGGUCCUACUCAUUUGGAGAGAAGCCAGGUGUUUUUUUCUACCAGCGGGUGUUACCAGAUGGUAAUCUAAGUGAAGAGGCUCUGAAAGUUUCACCUGAGCCUAGACCAAGUGACCAGAAGACUGGUAUACUCUCAGUACCUGCUAGUUCCUACUCACUUAGAGAAAAGCCCAGUAUUUUCUACCCACAAGCCUUGCCCGGCAGUCAUCUAUCUGAAGAGGCUCUGAAAGAUUCAGCUAUUUCUGGACUAGCUGAUCAGAAGACUGGGACAUCAGAACCUUCUGGUUCCUACUCACAUAGAGAGAAAUCCAGUGUUUUAUACCAACAGGAGUUGCCAGGUAAUCAUCUAACUGGAGAGGCUCGGAAAGUUUCAGGUGUUACUGGAACAGGUAACCAGAAGACUGAGAUACCUAUAGUAACCUCUGCUUCCUACUUACAUAAAGAGAAGCCCAUUAUUUUCUACCAGCAGGCCUUACCAGAUAGAUAUCUUACUGAAGAGGCUCUGAAUGUUUCAACUGCUCCCCAACCAGCUGACCAGAAAACUGGGAUACCUGCAGUACCGUCUAGUUCCUAUUCAUAUAGAGAGAAGCCCAUCAUUUCUUACCAGCAAGAGUUGCCAGAUCUUGCUCAAGUGGCUUUAAAAGUUUUAGAGGUUCCUGGACCAGCUGACCAGAAGAUUGGGAUACCAGCAAUAAUCUCUACUUCUUCCUCAUAUGGAGAGAAGCCCAUCAUUUCUUACCAGCAAGAGUUGCCAGAUCCUAAUGAAGAUGCUUUAAAACGUUUAGAGCUUCCUGGACAAGCAGACCAGACCACUGGUAUGCGAAUUGUGCCCCCUACUUCCUUUUCACAUAGAGAGAGCCCCAUCUUUUCUUACCAGAAGGAAUUGCCAGAUAUUACUGAAGAAACUUUGAAAGUUUCAGCUGUUCCUGGACCAGGUGACCAGAAGAUUGGGAUACAAACAGUCCCCUCUAGUUCCUACUCAUAUAGAGAGAAGGCCGAUGUUUUUUACCAGCAGGAGUUGCCAGAUCUUACUGAAGAAACUUUAAAAGUUUUUGCUCUUCCUGGACCAGCUGAGCAGAAUGCUGGGAUACCAACAGGGCCUUCUAGUUCUUACUCACAUAAAGAGAAACUCAAGAUUUUACCAGAUGACCAGAAGGCUGAGUUACUGUCAGCUCCCCUUCGUUCCUGCUCACAUAGAGAAAAGCCUAAGACUUCAACUGUGGUUGGACCAGAUGACCAGAAGACUCCAUUACUGACAGACUUUCCUAAUUCUUAUUCUCAGAGAGUAAAGCCCAGUAUUUUCUUUCAACAGCAGUUGCCAGAUAGACAUCAAAGUGGAGAUAUUCUGAAGACUUCACCUGUUCCUGAACCAACUGAUGUGAAUUCUUGGAUACAAAUACCUCUUUCUAGUUCCUGUUCACACAGAGAGAAAUCUAAUAUUUUCUACCCAGAGGAAUUGCCAGACAAACAUCUCACUGAAGAUUCACUGAAGGUUUCAACAGUUCCUGGACCAGCUGACCAAAAAACUGUGUUACCAGCAGUUCCUCCUAGUUCCUUUUCACAUAGAGAGAAACCAGUUCUUUUCUACCAACAGGAUUUGCCAGAAAGACAUCUAACUGAAAAUAACCUGAAGUUCUCAAGUAGUCUUGGGCAAGCUGGUCAGAUUACUGGGUUAUCAACAGUUCCCUGUAGUACUUAUUCACAUAGUGAGAAGCACAGACUUACUUCAGACCGUGUCCAAAGACUGAUAGAUAAUUUGGAUUCUUCUAACGCCAGUGUUAUCUCAAACAAUAUGCCUUUAAAUUCUCAGGCUGAUGGUAGAGUUGUAAUAAAUAAGCCAGAAUCUUCAGGUUUUGAAGAUGUUCGCCCUAAGGAAAUCCAGGAUAUGGAAAACAGUUCCAAAACUCUUAAAGAGAGUCAGACACUUUUAAUGGAAGCAGAAAAUAUAGCACUGAGACGAUGCAAUUUUCCUGUUCCCCUUGUCCCUUUCAGAGAUGUUAGUGAUAUUUCAUUUAUACAAUCUAAGAAGGUGGUUUGCUUCAAAGAACCCCCCACAACUGAUGCAUCUAAUGGCGAUUUGUCUCAGAGACAGCCAUUCACAGAAGAAAGCCCAAGCAACAAAUGCAUACAGAAGGAUAUUAGCACACAGACGAAUCUGAAAUGCCAGAGAGGCAUUGAAAAUUGGGAGUUUAUUAGUUCAACUACAGUUAGAAGUCCUUUACAGGAAGCAGAAAGCAAAGCCAGAGUGGCAUUAGAUGAAACCCUUAGGCAAUAUAAAGCAGCCAGAUCUGUAAUGAGAUCUGACCCUGAAGGGUAUAGUAGAACCAUUGAGAAUAAUAUUGUUUUUCCUAUGAUGACUGUCAUUAAAAGUGAUUCAAGUAGUGAUGCAAGUUCCUGCUCAUGGGACAGUAAUUCCUUGGAGUCAGUUUCUGAUGUGCUUCUAAACUUCUCUCCAUAUUCUUCACCCAAGACAAGCAUGACAGAUAGCAGAGAGGAAGAGGGUGUGUUAGAGAGUGAUGAUGGUGGUGGUAGCAGUGUAGAUUCACUGGCUGCACAUGUGAAAAACCUUCUGAAAUGUGAAUCCUCAUUGAACCAUGCUAAACAAAUACUCAGAAAUGCAGAGGAGGAGGAAUCUCGGGUACGGGCACGAGCCAGGAAUCUGAAGUUUAAUAUGGCUCAUGAGUGUGGCUACUCCAUUUCAGAAUUAAAUGAAGAUGACAGGAGAAAAGUAGAAGAGAUCAAAGCAAAGUUGUUUGGUCAUGAGAGAACAACUGACUUGCCUAAGGGUUUACAGAGUCCACAGGGAAUAGGAUGCAAGCCAGAAGCUGUAUGUAGUCACAUUAUUAUUGAGAGCCAUGAAAAAGGAUGUUUCAGGACUCUAACAGCUGAACGGCCACAAUUGGACAGCCACCCUUGUGUUUUCAGAUCUGCUCAACCCUCAGAAAUGAUCAGAGGACAACGGAGCCCAUCAUCAUGGACAACCAGGCACAUCAACCUUGCCAAGUCACUGGACGAGAACAACUCCCAUUUCAAAAUUUGGAAUUCAUUGCAGUUACAAAGUCAUUCCCCAUUUCAAAACUUUAUGGGUGAUGACUUGAAAAUUAACAAGGGUCUUCGAAUGCCAUUCCAUGAAAAGUUGGACCCUUGGCUGUCAGAAUUAAUAGAACCUGCUUGUAUGCCACCUGAAGAAAUGGAUUGUCAGUCUUCAUCACAAAUGCUGCCCCCAGAACCUAUGAAAAAGUUUACUACCUCCAUCACUUUAUCAUCUCACCGACAUUCUAAGUGCUUUUCAGAUUCCUCUUUUCUUAAAGUUGGUGUUACUGAAGGUAGCCAGUGUAUUGGAGCAUCUGUGGGGCUAGUUAAUUCUUAUAUCACUGAAGAGCAAAAUCCUCCUAGAGAUCUAAAGGAGAAAACCUCUUCCCCUUCAUCAUUUAAAAUCAUUAGUCAGUCACCAGAUAAAGCUGUGACUAUUUUAGCAGAAAAUAGUAGGCAAAGCCAAAAAUUAUCUGUUGAACAUUCUCACCAAGAAGAAAAACCCUUAGAAAGAUCAGAUUUUAAAGGCAGUCAUUCUAAGCCCAGUACCAGUGCAAAUGAUAGCAAUUUCAAGGAAGUUCAUUUUUCUGAUAAUGAUACUCUCAUUAGCAUGGGCAGACCAAAUUCCACACUAGGAGUAAAAGAGAAGAAUGUAAUUAUAACUCCAGAUCUUCCUUCGAACAUUUUUCUUGAACAAGAGCUCUUUGAACAAAACAGAGCCUUACACGAACAUCAUUGUGUGAGAAAACACAAUUCUCCCCCUCCUCAACAUCAGGAUUAUGUAGCUGCAAAUCUCCCUUGUCAUAUUUUUCUUGAAAAACGAGAACUCUUUAAACAAAGCAAGACCCAACAUGAAGAUAAUCAGUUGAGAGAAAACCACUCUCCCCUUCCUCAAAGUCAGGAUUAUAUAACUUCAGACCUUCCUUCUCUCAUUUUUCUUGAACAACGUCAGCUCUUUGAAGAAAGCAAAGCCCCAGAUGUAGAUCACCACAUGGGAAAACACCAUUCUCCCUUUCCUCAAGGUCAGGAUUGUAUAGUAGAAAAGAAUAAUGAACAUAAGCCUAAAUUACACAUUUCUGAUAUGAUAAAUGUUGAAGCCAAAUUCAGUGAUAUGGCCUCCCCAUCAGCCCCAAAUCAAUGUACAGUAGUAACAUCUGCAUCUACUCCACCUUCAAAUAGAAAAGCACUUUCUUGUGUUCGUAUAACUCUUUGUCCCAAGACUCCUUCCAAGUUGGAUAGUGGAACCUUAGAUAAAAGAUUUCAUUCAUUGGAUCCUGCCUCUAAAACAAGGAUGAAUAGUGAGUUUAACUCUGACCUUGUACAGACUAUAUCUUCAGAAUCAUUGGAACCAACCUCCAAAUUAUUGACCAGUAAACCUGUAGCACAGGAUCAAGAAUCUGUAGGUUUUCUAGGACCUAAAUCUUCACCGGACUUCCAAGUCGUACAGUCUCCUCUUCCAGAUAGUAAUAUUAUUUCUCAGGACUUGAAAACCAUACCUCUUCGGAAUAGCCAGAUAGUAACCUCAAGGCAAACACAGGUGAACAUUUCAGAUUUGGAAGGAUAUUCCAAUCCAGAAGGGACUCCAGUAUCUGCAGUUCGAUCACCAAAGGAGAUUAAGACCCCAUUUUCUCCCUUCUUUGGAAAAUUAUCAUCUGAUGCAGUCACUCAGAUAACAACAGAAAGUCCAGGAAAAGCCAUGUUUUCAUCUGAGAUUUUUGUUAAUGCUGAAGAUCGUGGACAUGGUAUUCCAGAGCUCACUACACAGAAGUUGGGCAAAGUUCCUGUCAAGUUUGCUUCAUCAUCUUCAGUCCAACAGAUUACUGUUCCUCAUGGCACAGAUGGCCAGCCUUUACUGUUGCCAUAUAAGCCUUCUGGUAGUACGAAGAUGUACUAUGUUCCCCAAUUAAGACAAAUUCCUUCAUCUCUGGAUUCCAAAUCAGGCACCACCAUUGAGAGCUCACACUCAGGAUCCAAUGAUGCCAUUGCUCCAGACUUCCCGGCUCAGGUGCUAGGCACAAGGGAUGAUGACCUGGCAGACACUGUUAACAUUAAACAUAAAGAGGGAAUCUACAGUAAGACAGUGGUAACUAAGGCAUCCUUGUCAAUGGGGAAAAAACUCUUUCAGAAAGAUAAUGCAGUUCAAGUUCUCAUCACUGGGGAUGAGGACCUCUCAGACAAAAACAAGGAAAAGGAGAUCUACAGUAAAAGGGCAGUGACCGAGGCUGCUCGAUCUGAAGAAAAAGAAUCCUUGCAGAAGGACACUACAGGUUCCAGUGCUGCUGCUGCUGCUGCUUCAGAGCAGUCAGCUCAACUACAAGACAUGAAGAUUGAUAGUCUACCAGACACUGAAGCCACUAAAGAGAAAGAGGAGAUCCACAGUAAGAGGACAGUUCCUAAGGAAGGCUGGCCCGAAGAGAAGAAAUCCUUGCAAAUAGAUAUUGCAGAGUCCAGAUGUCAUUCAGAAUUUGAAAAUACCACCCAUUCUGUCUUCAGGUCAGCUAAGUUUUACUUUCAUCAUCCAGUGCACCUACCAAGUGAUCAAGAUUUUUGCCAUGAAUCCUUAGGAAGAAGAGUUUUCAUGAGGCAUUCUUGGAAAGAUUCCUUUCAGCAUCAUCCAGACAAACAAAGAGAACACACUUGUCUUCCUUCCUCUUAUCAAAAUGUGGCAAAGACAAAGUCAGAUUAUACCACACUAGAGAGCCUCAGUAUCAAUGUAAACUUGGAAAACAAAGAAGUAAAGCAUACUACUAAAAGUCAGGCUAGAGAUUUUCUAAAAUACGACAAACAAGUUAAUGACCUAAAAAGGGAUCAUAAGGGCACCCCAGAGUUAACAACUCAGCACACUGUGAGUUUAAAUGAACUCUGGAACAGGUAUCAGGAGCGACAGAGGCAACAGAAACCUCCUGAGUUCAGUGCCAAGAAGCAGCUUUCUUUGGUGGAGCGACUUGAUCGUUUGGCUAAACUUCUUCAGCAUCCCAUCACACAUUCUCUCCAGCCCUCAGAAAGUACACAGGAUGAUAGCAAAGGGGAGCAAGAUGUUAAGGAAUGGAGUGGUAGACAGCAACAGCAGAAAAACAAGCUUCAGAAAAAGAAACGGUAUAAAAGCCUGGAGAAGUGCCAUAAAAACACAGGCGAUCUUAAAAAAAACAAGGUUCUUUCUACUCAUCAAGCUGGGAGGUCCAAUCAGAUUAAAAUUGAACAGAUUAAAUUUGAUAAAUAUAUUCUGAGAAAACAGCCAGGUUUUCAUUAUAUAAGUAACACUUCUUCAGAUUCUAGACAAUCAGAGGAGAGUGAGCUGCUCACAGAUACUGCCACCAACAUCCUUUCUACCACCACUUCUGUGGAAUCAGAUAUAUUGACCCAAACAGAUAAGGAAGUGACUCUGCAUGAGAGGAGCAGCUCUAUUUCCACCAUUGAUACUGCCCGACUGAUCCAUGCUUUUGGCCAUGAAAGAGUUUGUUUGUCACCCAGGCGAAUUAAAUUAUACAGCAGCAUCACUGACCAUCAGAGGAGAUACCUUGAGAAGCAGAGCAAGAAAAACAAGAAACCAUUGAAUACAGGUUAUCCCCAAAUUACUUCAGAGCACACCAGAAGGAAACACGUCCAGGUGACAGACCAUAUUUCUUCUGACUCUGUUUCGUCUUCUACCAGCAGUUUCUGGAGCUCGAGCUCUACACUUUGCAACAAGCAAAAUGUACAUAUGUUAAAUAAGGGCAUACAAGCAGGUACGUUGGAGAUUGUGAAUGGUGUCAGAAAACACACUCGAGAUGUUGGAAUGACUUUCCCGACUCCAAGUUCUAGCGAGGCUAGAGUAGAAGAGGACAGUGAUGUGACUUCUUGGUCAGAAGAAAAGAUAGAAGAGAAAAGGCUGCUUACCAAUUAUCUUGGGGACAGAAAGUUAAGGAAGAAUAAGCAGAGCUGCUGGGAAGGAGUUUCAUGGUUUGUUCCUGUGGAAAAUGUGAAGUCUGGUCCUAAGAAGGAAAACCUGCCCAAGUUUCAUGGCCCUGGUGUCUCCUGGUUUGCACCAGUAACCAACACCACACCUGGGAGGGAGCCACUACAGGAACAGAACUGGCAAGGACAGCACAUGGACAGCCACAGUUCAGUAGCAGGCCCAGGCAGAGACCCACUGAAGCCAUUUGUGAGAGCAACCCUACAGGAAUCACUGCAACUUCACAGACCUGACUUCAUCUCACGCUCUGGGGAACGGAUAAAGCGCUUGAAGUUAAUAGUCCAGGAGAGGAAGCUGCAGAACAUGUUACAGAGUGAACGGGAGGCAUUGUUCAACACUGUGCGAGAAUGGCAGGGCCACCAGGACGCCAUGCAUCUGCUCCCCAAGAGAGGCUUCCUGGCUGCCCAAAAGAAAAGGCCUGUUGGAAAGAAGGAAAUGAUUCAGCGGUCUAAAUGGAUUUAUGAACAGCUUCCAGAAGUACAGAAAAAGAGAGAAGAGGAAAAGAGGAGAUCAGAAUAUAAGUCAUACCGUCUGCGAGCCCAGCUAUAUAAAAAGAAAGUGACCAAUCAACUCUUGGGGAGAAAAGUUCCUUGGAACUGACAUAAGAGUGUUUUCCUCAGAACCUUGGAAUUAUCUCUUAUCAGCCUGAAGGAGCACAAUCCUUACUUUUAUGAGUCUGGUUUAAUAAAACCUACCUUGCUGUCCACGUGUAAUU